AUGGACUACAUCCAGUAUUUUACUGAGACCUGUCACAAUUUAUGGGGAUUAGAUAUGAGCAAAUACAUUCUGAAGAUGAGUCUUUCAAACUACUCUUACAUGCAUGCAAAAGGCUCCGACCACAAGCUAACUUAUAAGCUGGGUGUCCCAAUUCCUACGACCAACAGCAAGUGCCACGUGUGCCAAAUGUUAAUUACUACCGGGCAUAGCAAGUGCCUAGCCAGUGGGUGUCGUUUUGUAGCACACGUCGGCUGCGCCCCCAAGUGGCCUGAAUUUGCCGGCCACCCUCAGCACUCUCGUUGCCGGUUGCAGUUGGUGCUGCCACGCGGCAACACCUAUUGUUUGGCUUGUCAGGGCGUCUGUACUAAUCGGAGGUACAGGUGUAGUCUUUGCCACGUGGAUGUGCACACUCUUUGUAUCUUAGGACCAACUGGUCGUCCACGUCCACCUCCUGCUGUUGGGCUUAAUCUUAAUUUACCGAUUAGACAUCGAUGA